AUGUGCAAGUUAAAGAGCAAUACAAUAGUAGAAGGAAUCAUCUCGUAUAUACCCCUGCUGAUUCUCUGUUUGGCAGGUAAACCCGAGGAGCUACGGCUGGCUGGAGGAGCCAAUCCAUGUGAGGGGAGAGUAGAAGUGAAGAAGAAAGGAGAGUGGGGUACAGUGUGCAGCUUUUUCUGGGAUGAGGAUGAAGCCGCUGUGGUUUGUAGGCAGUUGGGGUGCAGUGAUCCCCAGAAAGAGAGUGUAUAUGUGAAACCUGAAUAUUUUGGACCUGGCGCUGGCAAGAUUUGGCUUAUGAAUGUGAAUUGCACAGGAAAUGAAUCAGACCUCUGGGAGUGUAAACAACGCAUGAAAUUCCUGCAAAAUUGUGAUCAUGACCAUGAUGUUGGAGUUAUUUGUUCUGGUUUUCUUUGCUGCAUCUGUGUAGGUGAACCAGAGGAACUGAGACUGGUUGGAGGAGCCGCUGAUUGUGAGGGGAGAGUGGAAGUGAAACACAGAGGAGAGUGGGGCACAGUGUGUGGCCAUGACUGGGGUUUGGAAGAAGCCACUGUAGUGUGCAGGCAGCUGGGAUGCAACAGUUCCCUUAUCAAAGCAUCUUCAUUUGGAGCCGGUUCUGGGAAGAUAUGGCUGGGUCAUCCACGAUGUACGGGUAAAGAGACAGCUCUUUGGAAAUGUAACCACCGGAUGUGGGGACUUCACUAUUGUGCUCACCAUGAAGAUGUGGGAGUAGUCUGUGCAGGUGAACCAGAAGAUGUGAGAUUAGUCGGAGGAAGUACUAAAUGUGAGGGAAGAGUUGAGGUAAAGCACAGAGGAACGUGGGGCACAGUUUGCAGCGAUGGCUGGAAUAAUAAUGCUGCUAAAACUGUAUGUAAGCAGUUGGGCUGCAAACCACUUCAUGAACCUGUGCAUAACAUUUACUUUGGAGCUGGAGAAGGCAGAAUUUGGCUGAGUGGCUUGAGCUGUACAUCUGAAGACCAGGUGCUGUGGGACUGUAAGCGCAACAUGUGGGGACUGCACAAGUGUCGGCAUGCAGAAGAUGCUGGAGUCAUCUGUUCAGACUCACUGGAGGAUUUGAGACUUGUUGGAGGAGCAAACCAAUGUGAGGGGAGAGUGGAGGUGAAGAUGAAAGGACAAUGGGGCACUGUGUGUGGUGGAGACAUCAACAGAGAGGCUACAGUUGAUGCAGUGAUCUGUAGAGAGUUGGGCUGCAACAGCACAAACACCCAAGCAACUUCAUUUGAAGCUGGCAGUGGGAAGAUCCUGCUAUAUGAUGUGUCCUGUAAGGGAACUGAGACUUCCCUCUUGGAAUGCUCCUACACAAAAUGGGGAGACUGUAGGCACAAUCAGGAGAUUGGAGUCAUCUGUGCAGGUGAACCAGAAGAACUGAGACUUUCUGCAGGGUCUCAUAAGUGUGAGGGAAGAGUGGAGGUGAAGCACCACGGAGAGUGGGGUACAGUGUGCAGCAAAGAGUGGGAUUGGAGUGAAACUGAUGUGGUUUGCAGACAGCUGGGAUGUGGGGUUUCAGGCCCAUUAGGCCGCAGCAUAUCUGCUUUCUUUGGGGCUGGAUCAGGGAAGAUAUGGCUUGCUGGUCUGCGUUGUACGGGGGAAGAAUCGGCCCUUUGGGAUUGUCGCCAUCUCAUGUGGGGACUUCGCAACUGUGAUCAUAGAGAUGAUGUUGGAGUAAGGUGCACUGCAAAACCAGAGGAGCUGAGACUUGUUGGCGGAUCAUUUAGGUGUGAAGGGAGACUGGAAGUGAAGAUUUAUGGCCAAUGGGGCACAGUAUGUAAUGAACACUGGAACUAUUACAGAACAGACCCAAGAGUGAUUUGCAGGCAGCUGGGCUGCUACACCUCGGCUAAAUAUCCUUUCUUUAUUAAAGCAACUUCCUUUGGAGCUGGAUCAGGGAAAAUCUGGUUCCACCGUGUGCACUGUUCAGGGGAUGAGAAAGCCUUGGGGGACUGUAUUACUGAGCCGUGGAACCCUGGUGACUGUAAUCACAGCGCUGAUGUUGGAGUCAUUUGUGCAGGGGCCCCAGAGGGACUUCGACUUGUUGGUGGAGAAAACGAGUGUGAAGGAAGAGUAGAAGUGAAGUUCCAGGGAGUCUGGGGCACAGUGACUUCUUCUAAUUGGGAUGUUGCGGCAGCUUCAGUGGUUUGCAGACAGUUGGGCUGUACCCCUUCUCCUACAGAAAUAGUCAAGUCAGUUUCAUUCGGACCCGGUAGAGGGAAAAUCUGGUUUAAUGUAAUAAGUUGCCUAGGAAAGGAAGAAUCUCUGUGGAACUGUAAAAUCGAAAUGCGUGGAAUUCCCUGGUUUGAUCACAUCAAAGAUCUUGGAGUAAUUUGCAGAGGUUCCUGGGCAUUUAAUCAUCUUCCAGAAGCCUACAAAUAUAUGGAAUAUGUGAUACAAAAUGUUGACAUCCCAGAUAUUGGAAUAUAUAUGCGUGCUAUUAAAAAUGAAUAUGUUGCAGUUCCAGUGGCUGCAAAUGAAAUCCCCCAGGAUUCUUUCUCUAUUUUUAAUGAUCUGCUUUCAACAGACAAACUAGAAGAACUGAAACUAGAGGGGGGCAUCAGCCGCUGUGAAGGGAGAGUGAUGGUCAGAUCCUAUGGAGAGUGGGGCUCAAUGUGCGAUUACAGAUGGGACAUGAAAGAAGCCACGGUUGUGUGCAGGCAGCUGGGCUGCAACAAUUCCCCUGGUCAGCACAAAGCAGCUUCCUUUGGACCUGGCUCAGGAAAGGUUUGGCUCAGUCAGGUCAAAUGUACAGGAGAUGAAUUCACUUUAUCAGAGUGUAAGAGAAACCUGACCUUGUUUCACAAUUGUGAUCACACAGCAGAUGUUGGAGUGAUCUGUGCAGGUGGUGGGCCAUUAGAGUUGAGACUUGCUGGGGGCUCCAAUAGAUGUGAGGGGCGAGUAGAGGUGAAGCACCACGGUGAAUGGGGCACGGUUGGUGACUUUUUCUGGGAUAAGAAGGCUGCUAUGGUUGUGUGCAGGCAACUAGGUUGCAACACUUCAUAUGAACAGGCAACAUCAUUUGGAGCUGGAACAGGGAAGAUUUGGUUCAGUGGACUGAAAUGUACAGGGAAUGAAUCAGCCCUGUGGGACUGUGAGCCUGAACUGAACAGAUAUCGCAUCUGGAACAACACUGCAGAUGUUGGAGUCAUUUGUGCAGGUGAACCAGAGGAGCUGAGAUUGGUUGGAGGAACAAAUGACUGCGAGGGAAGAGUGGAAGUGAAACACAGAGGAGAGUGGGGCACAGUAUGUGGCAAUGACUGGGAUACGAGGGAUGCCGCUGUGGUGUGCAGGCAGCUGGGAUGCAACAGUUCCCUUAUUAAAGCAACUACAUUUGCAGGUGGAUCUGGGAAGAUCUGGUUAAGUCACCUGCAAUGUACAGGGAAGGAGACAUCCCUGUGGGAAUGCAAGCACGGAAUGUGGGGGCUUCACUAUUGCAAUCAUGGCCAAGAUGUUGGAGUCAUCUGUCAAGGUGCAGAUGAGAAUGUUAGGCUUAUCGGGGGAGACAAUGAGUGCGAGGGGAGAGUGGAGGUGAAGCAUCAAGAAACAUGGGGUACUGUAUGUGGUCGUCAAUGGGGUGCAAAGGAAGCGUCCGUUGUUUGUAGACAACUGGGCUGCAACACCUCCAAUGAAUAUUUCUCUACCAAAGCAACAUUUUUUGGAGCUGGAUCAGGGAAGAUUUGGCUAAGUAAUGUUAAAUGUACGGGAGACGAGCCGAGCCUUGCAUGGUGUAUGCACAAUACAUGGGGAAUUGAGAAAUGUGAUCAUACUGAGGAUGUUGGGGUCAUUUGCACAGGUGAGCCUGAGGAAUUGCGACUUGUUGGGGGAGACAAUGAGUGUGAAGGAAGAGUUGAAGUGAAGCAUCGGGGGGUGUGGGGAGCAGUUUGUGACCACAAUUGGAAUCAAAAGGCAGCAUCUGUGGUAUGUCGGCAGCUGGGAUGCAACAACACAACAGAGGGGCACAUGAAGGCCCAGGCAGCUUUCUUUGGACAAUCAUCAAGAAACAUUUCCCUUUCCCAAGUGAAAUGCACAGGAGAAGAAGCAGUCCUUUGGGAAUGUCAGCAUCAAAUGUGGGGACUUAGCAACUGUCUUCAUAGAGCAGACGUCGGAGUGAUCUGUAAAGGUGAGCCAGACUUACUGAGACUGGUUGGAGGAGCCACUAAUUGUGCUGGAAGGGUGGAGGUAAAGCACCGAGGUGAGUGGGGCACAGUGUGUGAUGACUUCUGGAAUGAGAAUGCUGCUGAAGUUGUAUGCAGACAGCUUGGCUGUAGCACCUCUUAUGAAGACACUGUCCAUAUAAAGGCCACACCAUUUGGAGCUGCUUCUGGGAAAAUUUGGUUAAGUGUUGUGAGAUGUAAAGGAGAAGAAUCCAGCCUGAGGGACUGUGAUCAUAACAUGUGGGGUCUUAACUACUGCAGUCACAUCGAAGAUGCCGGGGUUAUUUGUGGUGACCACAGAGAGCCCAGACUGGUGGAUGGGCCAAACAGCUGCUUGGGAAAUCUAGAAGUGAAACAUGGAGGUACUUGGGGCUCCGUGUGUGAGAUUGAUGAUGAGUUAAGAACAGCCAGAGUUAUCUGCAGAGAGUUGGGAUGUGGACCAGCAGUUCCAGCACCAUGGAAAUAUGAUAACAAUGAUAAGAAUGUUAAGUCGGCACAGAUCUGGACAGAGAAAAUCAAAUGUACCGGCAAUGAAAGCAGUCUGUUUGAGUGUCACAGGGUGCCCAGGCCUGCCAGGACCUGCACAGAUCCAUCUUCUCCAACCAUUCACUGCCUAGGUCCAUACAGUGGAUUCAGGUUGGUGAACGGCACUCAGAGAUGUUCCGGAAGAGUAGAAGUGCUGUACACAGGGCAGUGGGGAGCACUCUGCAUAUCAAACUGGGAUUUACAUGCUGCCAAUGUUCUGUGUAGGCAGUUACAGUGCGGUACUGCAGUUUCCAUUCCAAAUGGAAGGUAUUUUGGGAAGAGUGACUUUGUUUGGACUGAUAGGUUUCAUUGUAAGGGAACAGAGUCACAUCUCGGAGAAUGCUCAUUUGCUGCUCUUGGGAACAGCGACUGCUCACGUGAUGAUCUUGCAGGUGUGGUCUGCACAGAGAAAGAAGAACUGAUGCGCCUCGUGGAUGGAGAGAGUCACUGUGAGGGAAGGUUGGAGGUUCUUCAGAAUUCUACUUGGUUUAGUGUUACUGGGGAGCAGUGGGGCCUUAAGGAGGCUCAGCUUGUGUGCAGAGAGUUACACUGUGGAGAGGCCAGAAGUGCAUUUACAGUUGAGGCACAAUCGGCUGCUGGCACGCUUGUUACAUGGAGUGAUAUUAAAUGUAAAGGAAAUGAGAACAAUUUAACAGACUGCCCUUUAAUGCCCCAACCAUCUUCUGUGCCUUAUGCAAAUGGGAAGAAUCAUGUGGGUGUAAUCUGCUCAGAAAGCUUACUCAUACGACUGGUGGAUAGUCCACAUCGGUGUGCAGGCAGAGUUGAGGUCUACCACCAAGGGGAGUGGGGAACAAUCUGUGAUGAUUCCUGGGAUAAAGCAGAUGCUAAUGUUGUUUGCAGACAGCUAAACUGUGGCCAUGCCAUCAGUAUUUCAACAAUGAGCCACCAUGAAACUGGUAAAGGGACUGCUUGGCUGAGUGGGAUUAACUGUACCGGAAGUGAAACAGCUCUCUGGCAAUGUCCUUUCAACAGCUGGGGCCAACACUCCUGUACAAAGAAGCAGGAUGCACGUGUGAAUUGUUCCGAGUUUACAGACCUUCGUUUGGAUGGAGGGUCCCAUGAAUGUGAAGGAAGACUGGAAGUCUACUACAAUGGAAGCUGGAGAUCAGUGUGCAACAACCACAUGGACCAAGUUUCUAUCUCUGUUAUCUGCAGGCACCUGAAUUGUGGCACCAAGGGAAUCCGUCCAAUUACAUUUACAUACGGUGCUGCCGAUCCACCCUACUGGCUGGAUCUAAUUAAAUGCCGUAAGCACGAUCAGUCAUUCUGGCAGUGCCCUUCAUCUCCUUGGGCAAAACACUCCUGCAAUCUGCAGGCUGAAGUGGCCGAAAUUAAAUGUGAAGGUGAAAGAAAGAAGCCGUUACACAAUCAGACUGAAACUUAUGGGCUUCCAGCACUACAGAAUUGUUCUAUUGUGCAAACUCUGAUUGAGUCGCUCAUCUCACAUUCCUCAACCAGCAUUCCUACUGCUGUUGCAAUUGUUUUUGGCAUCUUGUUUCUGGCUCUCAUUGGUUUGUGGAUCCUAAAGAAAAACCUAAAGGUGUUGAAAAAAGGGAAAAGAUCUCCUAUGUGCCCCGAUGAUGAGAUCUAUGAGGAGAUUGAAGCCAACUUGAUGAUGCCCAUGGAUAAAGAAGCCAACCUUUCCCCUGGGAGUGCAGAGAUUAUUCAAGAUGACUAUGACGAUGUGGAAGAACAGGUCAAGAAAUCCCUCUCCUCAACCUCAGACACUGAAAGGACUGCAGAGAUUAUCCAAGAUGAUUAUGAUGAUGUACAGGAGCAGGUUAAGAAAACCCUCUCCCUAGACUCAGACAAUAAAAGUACAAGUGAGACUUUUAACCAAGAUAAAUAUGAUGAUGAGGAAGUGCUGCAUCAAAAAGAAUCCAAGUCUCAGGAUAAUUAUGAUGAUGCAGAACUACCAAAUCAGAUGGGAUUGGAUAUUGGUGGUUCCCUGGCCAAGGAAAAGAGUUUAGAGGAUGGAUAUGAUGAUGCUGCAGUUGGACUUCUGUCUAGCCAUGCAAGUAAGGCUGAGCGAAUCAGAGGAGCCGGCAGUGACACAGGAUUACCUACCCAAGAUGCACCAGAAGAUGUUACCCAUGAACAUCAAAUACCUCUCAUAAUUGAAACUGGCUAUGAAGAUUCUGGCUUUAUCUAGUUAUUCCCUUUGCUGUUUCAACAGUCAAAAUGCUUGUAGGAAUUCUGUUGAAAAAAGCCUACUCAAGUAAUUUUUCCCAAAUUGUGCUUAAAAUAUGCUGUUCUCCAUAUGUAUAAGCAUGGCUGGUGCUGAUAUUCAUUUUAGGCAUUUGGGCUGGAGCUCUGGUUUAUUCCCAGGUCAUUUAGUUGUCAAAAAUAUAUUUGAACCUUAAUUUUUUGUAUAGCCAUUUUUGUCUGUAGGUACAGUAUAUAUAACCUAUGUUUGAUUGCUUUGUACAGUUACCAUGAUUGAUGUUAUUGCGUUAUAAUACAAUUCUCACUUUUCCCACUAGAUUUAGACAUUGGACUUGUUGCAUUUGUUUAUUUUGCCUAAUCAUGAGCUCUCUCUUUCUCCCAUAGCUCUGGAUCACCCCUCUCAUAGCUAAAUUGUACAAACAUUGCUGCAGGUAACAGUGUAAAUGUACAUUCAUCUAAAUUACACCUAAACUGGCUCUUAAGAAGUGAGUGAAUUUUUCUUUUAAAUUUAAAGUCACAUUUUGAUAAAGACUAGACCCACAGCAUAUAAUAAAACUGUACAGCACCAAUAACAACAAAAGAGAUCUAGAUUUAGCUAUAAUGUACUGACCAUAAGAAUGAAAGACAUCUGUACCUUACUACUACCCACUUUUACCACUUCCCCUACUUUUUAAAUUUUUUUUAAUUAUCCCAUGUUUUCCAUAGUUAGAAUUUCUCCUUAUGGGUUCUAUUAGGUAGUUAGGAAGCGAAAUAUAAAAACAGUUAUUCCCACUAGACUACACAAAAUCUUUCAUGGUGUACCUCAAACUAGAGGGGAUGUGACGCAUCUGGGACUUGAUCACAUCUAUUUUAGGACUGCCCAUGGUUCAAUCCUUAUGGGAAGAGGUGCAGACCCUAUUAGAGUGCCUCGUGCACAAGUCCAACCUGAUAUGCUGACCUUUCUUUUAGGUAAACCCAUUGCAGGGCUCCCAAAAACGACACAGUAAUUAGUCAAUCAUGUACUGUCUAAAGGGGAAAACUAAUACCAUUCCCUAUUGGAAAAGAAUAGAAUAUAAAAUUGAGUGUAAUUCAGCCCAAGUCUUAGGGGUCU